CGCGUGUAACGUUCCCUCAGCCUGAGGAUCAGAAAGGCGUAUGUGUGCGAUCGGUAUGUGUGCAGAAUAUAGCACCUGCUGAAAUCAUAACGCCGGCGUUGAUCAACACGUGCCCCACGUAGGGUGAUAUCAAAUCCGUCUGGAUAAUUCGUUAAAGAAAUUAACGCGGCCGUUGGUUAUAAUAUAUCUAUCGUUCGUUCGCUUGACUGAAGAUGUAGCGCACAUAAUUGAUGUUGGAAAUUCUUAUACAUGCAUUUUAGAGAAACGUUUCUUGUCGCGUGCAGCAUUGAACGUUUCUCGCGAUUUUAAAGCGUUUUUGUCUGUAUAAAAAUAAUGGAAUUUGAUCAGAACACUGUGUUGGAUAGUGUGUUUGUGUUGGUUCCUAUUCAAUUAAUCCUUGUUACAUGUGUAACAAUCUUCUACAGGUUGAAAAUAAGAUGGCCUGUAAAAGUAAACUGUUGGUUCUGCAAUCAAAAUACAAAGGUUUGGAGACAAAACCUGACUUGGUGGUUGUGUCCCUCAUGCCAACAAUUCAACGGUUUCUCUAAAAAUGGUGAUUACGCAUAUGACAUCCCAGAACAAUAUGCAACAUUUGAUAAAUGCACAAGAUACUGCAGUUUGCCCAAACAGAACAAUGCUGCCAAUGUUCCAAAGAAUAAUCUUUGCAUAGAUUGUAAUAAGAGAGAAAGUUUAAAAUUAGCAGAAUUGUCCAACUUUGAACCUAGAGAUGAAAAUCUUUAUGAUACAGAAUUGAAAGUGUUCAAAGAAUACCUAGAGAAAAAGUAUCCACUGUGUGGUAGUUGUAGAUCCAUAGUAUGGGAUGUACUGAAUAAGCAAUCGUUAUGGCUUAUGCGCUACAAGAUGCUUUUCUUCAGGCAGAAGCCAAUUAAUGCAAUUAUCAAUAAAGCAAAAAAAUUAGACACAGUGUUUCGAUUUAUUACAGUGGUUCUCAGCUCAAUUAUCUCAUACAAUCACGAAGUUAUAUGGCUACCUUUUGGUGGAUUAUUCUUUCAUUUAUGUGCUUAUUGCACAAAUUCGAUGAAAAGGAAAAACUCUGAUAUGUUAUUAAUAAUUUUAUGGUGUUGUAUGACUAUUCUCAUACUAAUCAAGAAUUUAACGACGUUGCAAAACAUCUGGCUCACAGCGGAACAUAUUACACAAUAUUAUAUGAUAGCAGUAUGUGCAUUGCUUAUAAGCUUCUUGAACAUAAAACCCAGUUCGUAUAACUAUACGUUGACUACAUCGGUAUCGUUUAAGAAGCUCAAGUUGCAUACACGAAAUACCACUGCAUCAUCACAGGUAGCAUACGACAAUCGGAAUAAAAAUGACAACGUUUUAAACCAGACGAACAGUAGUAUCGAAUUGUCAAGCAGUGCAGGCGAAUUAUUCACCACAGAGAUUAAGUCACACUUAGCAGUGCCGAAACAGAAGUCGUACGCAACUACUACAAGUAUCCACAACGACAGCUACCUGAGCUCUAUCACCCAAUGUAAAAACGACUCGCCGUAUUCUUUCUGUCUGGACAACAACGUGAGCGCCCUGAGUGCGUUGUCCUUAAGCGAGGACUCAUCGAGAUACAGCGCGAGAACGCCACCGAUCUUCGAAAGAAGGAUAUAUGGCAUGUCGACGUGCGACCUCUUCAAACGAUCCAGCGUCGCGUCGGGCAGAAGAUGUAUCCUCUCGCCGCCGAAGCUGCAAUCGGUCACGCAAACGUCGUGGGUAGCCGGUGGUUAUUGGCAAGAAGGUAUGGUGAGCGGCGUACCCACACUCUCGCGCUCGUCCAGUCAGAGCUCGGGCUUCGGGUCGGCUGGCUCCUCCAACUUCGCGCCAUCCAGGGAGCCAUCCGUGCAUGAGUUCGACCGCUGCUCCGUCGUGUCGGACGCCACGCAGUCCUGUUACACGCCACGAGGAAAUAUCGCGAAUCCUGCAAGGUUCUUUACUAGCUCAACAGCACCUCGCGCGCAAUCCCGGUGCACUAUGUACGACACAACCACGACGAGGAUGAGGAACUGCUCGCAGUCGCAGUUGCUUGCAGUCCGAGCAUGCAACAACGUGAUGGCGGCGGACAAUCAGGAGCACGUGGCAGCGGUAGUCGGCAACGGAGGCCGGAACGACUCAAUACCGAUGUGCCCGAGCCACACAACGGUCGUUACCAGCCCUGGUUCUUCGGCGAAUGAAAGAAGUAAACGUGAUUCAUAUUCGACGUGCCACGCGAAUACUUAAGGCAAAAAAAAAUAUUCGAUUAUUACUGCCAAUUGCGUCGACCACUAUCUUCCGAUUUACAGCGCGCGAACAGUAGAUAUAACGUUACACACUGCCACAAUAUACAUCGAUAUACUUUUCGUCAAACAUAUCUGCCGGUGUUCACUUUAGAUACAUUGAAUUUUGUAGAUGUACACACGUACUUUUACACGCUCGAGGUUUGCCCUUUACGGACGUAAGUUACAGUAGUUUCUCGAUGUCGAGAAACGUGGGUUUACACGUGUAUAUUAUAUACAAAGAUUUAGAGUGCAUAGCGAAGAACGAUUCUGUAUGUGUUCUUUAGCAAAAAAUACGUACAUACGCGAUUUUAGCAGUAUAAAAGAACAAUUGUUUAACACCGAAGGUUUCCAUUGUUUCCUGUAACGCGAAUAUUAUCGGCAACAUCGAUUUGUUCAUUUGCUUUCGACACGGUUUGGACACUUUCGAUGCUUCUGAUGUUUCAAUGAGAGAACUUGUUUUUCAUCAAUUGCCAGAAGUUCUCC